AUGCCUCACAAUAUCAAUACCCAUCACCUCUCCAUCACGCCUCACACUAUCAAUAUCCAUCACUACUCCAUCAAGCCUCACACUAUCAAUAUCCAUCACUACUCCAUCAUGCCUCACACUAUCAAUACCCAUCACUACUCCAUCACGCCUCACACUAUCAAUACCCAUCACUACUCCAUCACGCCUCACACUAUCAGUACCCAUCACCACUCCAUCACGCCUCACACUAUCAAUAUCCAUCCCUACUCCAUCACGCCUCACACUAUCAAUACCCAUCACUACUCCAUCAUGCCUCACAAUAUCAAUACCCAUCACUACUCCAUCACGCUUCACAAUAUCAAUACCCAUCACCUCUCCAUCACGCCUCACACUAUCAAUAACCAUCACUACUCCAUCACGCCUCACACUAUCAAUACCCAUCACUACUCCAUCACGCCUCACACUAUCAGUACCCAUCACCACUCCAUCACGACUCACACUAUCAGUACCCAUCACUACUCCAUCACGCCUCACGCUAUCAAUACCCAUCACCACUCCAUCACGCCUCACAAUAUCAAUGCCCAUCACUACUCCAUCACGCCUCACAAUAUCAAUGCCCAUCACUACUCCAUCACGCCUCACAAUAUCAAUGCCCAUCACUACUCCAUCACGCCUCACACUAUCAGUACCCAUCACUACUCCAUCACGCCUCACGCUAUCAAUACCCAUCACCACUCCAUCACGCCUCACAAUAUCAAUGCCCAUCACUACUCCAUCACGCCUCACACUAUCAAUACCCAUCACUACUCCAUCACACCACACACUAUCAAUACCCAUCACCACUCCAUCACGCCUCACACUAUCAAUACCCAUCACUACUCCAUCACGCCCCACGCUAUCAAUACCCAUCACCACUCCAUCACGCCUCACGCUAUCAAUACCCAUCACCACCCCAUCACGCCUCAGACUAUCAAUAUCCAUCACUACACCAUCACGCCUCACGCUAUCAAUACCCAUCACCACUCCAUCACGCCUCACAAUAUCAAUGCCCAUCACUAA